GGGCCCUGCCCUCGGCCUCCUGGGACUACUGCCCUCCAUUGAUAAGGAGAAACCACACACAUAAGCCUUCUCCUACAGAACCCCUUCACCCUCAGGGCAGCCGCCAGAGCGUGGAUCCCUCCUGAAUCUGCUGGCAGCCCGAUGUUCCUCACAGUCAAGCUGCUCCUGGGCCGGAGAUGUAGCCUGAAGGUGUCGGGACAGGAGAGCGUGGCCAUGCUGAAGAAGCUGGUGUCCGAGCGGCCAUUGCCGGAGGAGGAGCAGCACCUGCUCUUUCACGGCCAGCUGCUGGCAGAUGACAAGCAGCUCUCCGACUACCGCAUCGGGCCCAAUGCCUCCAUCAAUGUGGUCAUGCGGCCCCUGGAGAAGCCGGCACUUGAGGAUGCCCGCCAGCCCCAGCCCCUGUGGCAUCAUCUGGGCCAGCCCCUGUGGCAUCAUCUGGGCCAGGUCCUGGCCAAACACUUUGGGCCCCAGGACACCGAGGCAGUGCUGCAGCUGCUGAGGCGGGAGCACGAGGAGCGCCUGCAGAGGAUAAGCCUGGGGGACCUGGAGCAGCUGGCGCGGUACCUCCUGCCCCAGGAGCCGCUCACAGAGCCCGCUGGGGAGAGGGAGCCUGAGGCUCUGAGUCCCAAUAAGGAGGAGGAAAAGCUGGCUGUUCAGUAAACCGGCCAUCCUGCUUGUUUGCACACUCAAAUUUGCCCCGCCUUAUCCUUAAGUUUUCCCCAGUGACUCCCCACAAGUUCUUGCUGGCAUAGAUGCACCUUCACCUCUUUUUGAAAUUUCAAAGCAACUGGAGGGAUUUGGGACCUUUUUCUCCUCUCUUGGGCCUGCGGAUUCCCCUCUGAAACACAGAGGAAUUCCCUCCCCAUCACUAGAAGUGGCUCUGGUCACUCCAUGGGCAGCCCAGAAGGGGUAGUCAUAGGCUUUCCCCACCCUCUGCCCCUCUGAAAGGGCAGCUCCUCCUGGGCUGGGCAGCUUUGCCCCUGCUUGUCCAACAACAGCCCAGGCUGUCAGCACGCCUCCUGGCUCAGAAUCUCCAUGGUUCUCGACAGACUGUCUUUCUCCUUGGGGGCAGAAAAACAGAUAAUGUGAGUUUAUUUCUUCCAUCCCCAGGCCAUGGCGCCCACCCCCAGACCUCCGAUGGCCAAGGGGAAAGGAGUGCCUGGUAGCUGGCCCUUGCCCUCUAGGAGAGGCCGUCCCUACUUUCUGCCUGCUCAUGCUUCCACAGCGUAAGGGGCAGCACAGGUAGGAGUGGGGGGAGGGCACCUACUGUGUGCAGGCCUGGUGUUCUCAGGGACACACACACACACCCGGGAGAGCAGGAAGCCCAGGCUUAGGCUGAAAAGGCAGUUUGCAUCGUUGCACACUCACUGUGGUCAGCAGGAGCAGCACAGGGCCGGGCCCCCCUGGGCCCUGCCCCAAAUCUCAUCAAUCACGGGCUCACUGAGCCCCUGUU